AUGAUCCCAGAACCUAAAGGUCUACGGUGUUACGCAACCCUCGGCGUCAGUCCGCACGCAGACUCAAAUGCCCUUAGACAAGUCCCCGACUUUACGCGGUAUACUGAUGUCGGUGUUCCGGGGGCCGUUGACUUUUGGCGCUCUUAUGCUACAGUUCUGGAGCAACAGGUUGAACCUCUGCAGCAGCAUGUCACCAGUCAACAAGAGGUCCUUGACUUGGUAGAGACAGAAAUGGACCGACUGAGGGCAGAGAACCAAACGCAAAGCCACGAGAUUGCGAAACUUGGCCGAGAAAAUGAUUGUCAGAAAGAGCUUGUACGGGAAAAGACUGUUGAAGUGAACGCACUCAAGGAGCAGAUUUGUAUGAUGGACGUUGAGGACAGUAAGCGGAGAGAGCGCUCGAACAAAGUUCGUGAAGGGAAAGACCAGCUGCGAGUGUUAAACAAGCUUCGCAAGGAAAUCAAGGCGUUAAAGAGGAGCGGCACCGGAAGCAGGCAGCGUUCAGCAUAUCACAGACUUAAGGCCGAGAACCGCAGGCGGGAGCUUGAGGGCCGGGAGCUGAAGAACGGCACAAGGACACUGGAGGAGCUGAAGCGGGAAUCGGAAAAGAAAACUGACGAGGCCUUGGAGAAAGCGACAGCCACCAGCAACACGAGAAAUGGGAGUUGCUUAACGAGAAGCAACACAAAGAGAUCAGAAGCUGGUAAAAGAUUGAGGUCGCCCGAGGCAGCAGAGGAAAGCACUACAUCGGAGACAUACGAAGAGCAGCGGAUGACGAUGUUGCGGAGAUCGAUGGUUAACGUCAGGCGAGAGGAUAGAUACGGUAGAUACGACAGAUUGUGA